CCCCGCGCAUGCGCGACGCGGGGAGGGAAGAUGGCGGCGUCCUCGCUGGAGCAGAAGCUGUCGCGGCUGGAGGCGAAGCUGAAGCAGGAGAACCGCGAGGCGCGGCGGAGAAUCGACCUCAACCUCGACAUCGGCCCCGCCCGCGCCCGCCCCAUCAUCGUCAUCACCCUUAGCCCCGCCCCCGCUCCGUCCCAGCGAGCAGCCCUGCAGCUGCCCCUGGUGAGCGAGGGGGGCCGGGGGGGGACCCCCGAGAGCCCCCAGCCCGCGCCUCCCCCCCGGCCCCGGCAGAUGCUGGGGCUGCCCCCGCCCCCCUUCCUGGUGCCGCGCAGCCUGGAGAGCAUUGAGAUCGACCAGAAGCUGCAGGAGAUCAUGAAACAGACGGGGUACCUGACCGUGGGGGGACAGCGGUACCAGGCGGAGAUCAACGACCUGGAGAACCUGGGCGAGAUCGGCAGCGGCACCUGCGGGCAGGUGUGGAAGAUGCGCUUCCGCAAGACCGGCCACGUCAUCGCCGUCAAGCAAAUGCGGCGCUCGGGGAACCGCGAGGAGAACAAGCGCAUCCUGAUGGACCUGGACGUGGUGCUCAAGAGCCACGACUGCCCCUACAUCGUGCAGUGCUUCGGCACCUUCAUCACCAACACCGACGUGUUCAUCGCCAUGGAGCUCAUGGGCACCUGCGCCGAGAAGCUCAAGAAGCGAAUCCAGGGCCCCAUCCCCGAGCGCAUCCUGGGCAAGAUGACGGUGGCAAUCGUGAAGGCGCUGCUGUACCUGAAGGAGAAGCACGGGGUGAUCCACAGGGACGUCAAACCCUCCAACAUCCUGCUGGACGAGCGGGGCCAGGUCAAGCUCUGCGACUUCGGCAUCAGCGGCCGCCUGGUGGACUCCAAGGCCAAGACCCGGAGCGCGGGGUGUGCGGCCUACAUGGCGCCCGAGCGCAUCGACCCCCCCGACCCCACCAAGCCCGACUACGACAUCCGCGCCGACGUCUGGAGCCUCGGCAUCUCCCUGGUGGAGCUGGCCACGGGGCAGUUCCCGUACCAGAACUGCAAGACGGAUUUCGAGGUGCUGACCAAGGUGCUGCAGGAGGACCCGCCCCUGCUGCCCCCGGCCAUGGGCUUCUCCGGGGACUUCCAGGCCUUCGUCCGAGACUGCCUCACCAAGGACCACAGGAAGAGACCAAAGUACAACAAGUUACUGGAGCACACCUUCAUCAAGCGCUACGAGACGCUCGAGGUGGACGUGGCCACCUGGUUCAAGGACGUGAUGGCCCGGACAGAGUCCCCCGCGCCCGGGGGGGUGGUGGGCCACCACCUGCCCUUCUUCACCAGGUAGCGCCCGCCCGGCGCCGCCACGCCCGGCAGGGGACACCGGGGACAGCCGGGACACCCCGGGGACAGCCGGGCCACCUCCGGGACAGGGACAGCGGGGACAGCCCUGGGACACUGCCCGGCGCCGCCACGCCCG